AGGGGGUCGGGGCACUUGCGCGAACGAGCGAGCCAGCCAGCCAGCCAGCCGUCGGAUUGUUGGACGUGCAGUCCCCGGAGGCUCGAAACGUAGACCCAUCGCUGGGAACUCGGGAGCGGGGGGACAGAAAGGCCGCUUUUGUCCGGGGGUGGGUGGGAAAGCGGGCGAGGGUCGCCCCUUCCUUUCUUCCUUCCUUCCGCGGCCCAUCAUGGACGUGAACACUGCGCGGCCGUCGGCGAGCGACAUCGCCGACCUCAACAGCCAGGACGCGCAGACGGUGUGCGAGGCGCUGGGCCGCUACGAGGAGACGCUGCGCGGCGCCGUCAAGGAGAUCCACGUGGACAUCCAGGUCUUCAAGAGCGGCGUGGACCGGCAAGUGGCCGAGGUGCUGCGCCUGGCCAGCCCGUUGGCUCACACGGUGGCCGAGCUACAGCAAGAGAACCGGCACUUGCGAGCGCAGGUGGAGCGCCUGGCCCGGCAGGUGGAGGCCCUCCGCGGGGCGGCCGGGCUGACCGACGACUGGAUGGCCGAGCCAGGCGGCGCGCCGAUGUCCAAGCUGAGCGGCAGCGCCAGGUUCUCCAGCCACGCCAAGCUGUCCUUGUCGACCAAGAGUCAGAGUUUGGACUUGGAGGAUCAUAAUGAUGCAGAGAGCAGGAAGGCUUUUGAUUUCUCUAUAGUUGAAAAUGGACACCAGCCUACAGGAGGCCUGGCCAAGCUUGCUCCGGAACCAGCCUCACCUCUUCACCUGCCAAAUGCAACCCCUGAGGCACACGCUCCAGCAGUGAGCUCACGGAUGCCGCACCUUCCGGUUACCGCGGUAACCAGAGUAUCGGAAACCUUUUCAGGAGAAACCUCUGGGGGGCCAAUUACACCGAGUGUCCCUGGAGGGCAGCCGAACAAAAGCCACAGUGAGGCUGUGUCAAAAACUUCAAAUCAAUCAGUGAGUGCUGUGAAGAGCUGGAGUUCAAGUUCUGUCAGGACAAGUACCUCCGUCACCUCAGAGAAAUCCUCUUCCGUCACAAAGUCCACGUCGGCCAUGAGCUAUGGAAUGACUGGCGGAACCCAGGCUAGCGAGAGUGUGACAGCCAGCCAGAAUGACAUAGCCUCCAAACCCCACUCCCCGCCUCCGACGGCCCAUCGGCCAGUGGAAAAACGGAGAGAGUUGGUGAGGUCUCAGACGCUGCCCCGCACUUCAGGAACGCAGGCCAGGAAGGCGCUGUUUGAGAAGUUUGACCAGGACCGUGGAAAGGGGAAAGGGGAGAUUCGGCCUAAGCUAAAAAGAUCGCAGAGCUUUGGGGUUGCCAGCGCCAGCAGCAUCAAGCAGAUCCUCUUGGAGUGGUGCCGUUCAAAAACCAUUGGCUAUAAGCACAUUGACCUGCAGAACUUCUCAUCCAGCUGGAGCGACGGGAUGGCCUUUUGCGCUCUUGUCCACUCGUUUUUCCCAGAAGCAUUCGAUUACAACGAGCUCGACCCUGCCAAGCGCAAGGAGAAUUUUGAAUUGGCGUUCACAAUGGCAGAGAAAAUGGCCAGUUGCGAUCGCCUGAUAGAAGUGGAGGACAUGAUGGUGAUGGGCCGCAAGCCGGACCCGAUGUGCGUCUUCACCUACGUGCAGUCCCUCUACAAUCACCUCCGCCGCUUUGAAUGAAACUGGGGAGGCCUUAUGAUGGCGAGAAUGGGGCGUGGCCACAGCUCCUCUCGUUCCCGGCGCUUGCUGCUGCUCUGCCGCUUGCGUCACUGACACGACAGCCGCUCAGGAGGCUCCCAAAUUUUUGGAGGCCAGUACAAGCCAAAAGGAAGCCGGGCACUCGGCUCCAGGGCUGGUCAAAACAGGAUCUCCAGAACCAAUCUAGUCUCUGCAAUGGAUUUUGUUAAGCAUGCUGGAAGCCGGACGGAAACCCUCGGCGAUGCCGAACCUGACAGCUUCGAUUCUCUGACCUGGAAACAGGGCACUUCCCUUACCCAUCUCUUUUAAGUAGAAAAGCAGGCAGAAACCUCAUGAUGUUGGACAGGAACAAGCACGAGUUGCCGUGCAUGCAGAAGUUCCUGGAAGUUGGUCUGCCGUGUGCCAAAAUUUGCAUCUGCCCCUUGGAGCAUUACAAAAGCUUGCUUCUAGCCAUUUAAUCAUCCAAAUCCUAGGCAGGGAAUUUUCUAUUGCGAGCAGCUAUAGACAAAACGGGUUAUAAUAUGCAAACGGGGAGGGUCACAUGAGUCAGGCCACAAGCUAGAGACUGUCUUUGGUCUAUAGAAAUUUCCUCCUUGCUGCAAGCUGGGCUUACUGAUGAUCGUUGUCAUGGGUGAGCCGUUCCAUUGGUUUGUCUGUGGAGUAAUCACUCAGUCUGUAGUAGCCUUGGGGGUGGGAGCCCAGCUUACUCCUCCUUAGGAUGUGCUAAGCUUGGGUGAUGCAAAGAAGCCAUCGACAGCUCAUAUCCCCGUGGGUUGUUCAGGAAGCCCUAUAUGCCGUGAUGUGCAGCAAUAACCUGUGCUUUGAAAAAAGCACACUUCCGCUCUCUGAAUAAAGUACGCAAAUGGAACGUUAUGAAAAUAAACUAUAUUUGCAUGGCCAUAGCCUGCUUCUGCUAGCUGCCGGGAGGAACAAAGAGCUAACCAGUCCAUGGAUUGCCCCCCCC